GUAAACUGUUAAUACGAUAGUAAUGAAGAAAAUUUAUAAGAACAGUAUAAUUUAAAAAGAUAAUUUGAAUAAAUUAUAGUUCUUUGACAGUUUGUUCUACUUUAUCAAUUAUGGAUAGAUUUUUAUGCAUCGACUGGCACUGUCCAUUAGAAGACCUAAUAGAUGCCACUUUCAUUAAUGGUGAAAGAUUAGAAAAAGAAAGUGUGAUGCAUAAAAUUAUGACCGGGAAUUUUGUAGAUCCAUUUAAAAAUAUUGAAGAAGAUUAUAAAAAUAUUGAACUCAAUCUACUAAAAGAUAUUGAUCCUGACAUAAAGGAAGAAAUUAAUAAUGACAAUGAAAUAAUAGUUAAACAGAAAUGGGAUUGUGAACACGAAGAUACACAAAAAGUGAAGGCUUAUGUACCUGGUAUUGUUAAAGCAAUAUUUAAGUUUCCUAAGAAAUCUAAAUUAGAUAAAGAGCAACAAGCAAUGUGUUUGAGAGUCUUGUUAAGAUUCUCAGAAUCUGAUAAACCAAAGAUAACAAAGGCACAAAGAGAAGAAUUACAAAAGUAUCUGGAUCUACAACAAAUAAUAUCUCAAGAACAAGAUGAAUUUUUAGAAUUUGCAAAAAGUAAAUGGACUGAAAGAUCAUUUAAAAUUAAAUGCGAGGAUUUUAUAAAUUUACAUUGGAAAUUGAAAUUACAGCAUAUUUAUAAAUUACCUAGAUACUACACUGAAGUAACAACUAUUCCAUUUGUAACAGAUAAAAACAUUGAAGUACAAUUUAUUUCUAACUGUUUAGAACUGGGUACAUUACAAGAAAUAAUAUUGCCAACUUUUACAAGACCUUACAUGCUACGUGUAAAUUCAAAACAAUUGCAAAAAACAUAUUUUCCUAAAAAAAAUACUUUCCAAAAGUCAUCAGCUUCUUUUAAAUUACCUGUAAGUGAAGAUGUAAAUUGUCAAAAAUUAGCAGAAGAUAAUAAUGUAGAUUUAGUAAUUUCAUCAAGUGGCCUUAACUGUUUAGUAAACAACAUUGGACCAACAUAUCCAAAUUCAUGGAUUUUACCCAUAGUAAUAAAAAAACAUAAUGAUAAAAAUGUUAUUUACAUAGAUAAGCCAGGUCCACCAGUUGCAAAUACUAUACCAGAAAAAAAUACUUGGGUGUAUAAGUACAUUCUUAAAUACUAUUUUUCUAGUAUCAAAAAUUCAACUUUGAAAAAUGAGAAUAUUGAAGAAGAUAAUAUAUUUGGUGAUAUUCAUUCUGAAAAACUAUUAAAAAUAGAAGAAGAAUAUGAAAAUAUUUCAACAGAAUGUAAUAAUGAAAUAACUUCAAAUGUAUCUGAAAAAAACAGAAACUUUGAAGAAAUUUCAACACAGAAGAAUAUUGGAAACAAUGAUAAUGUUUCAGCUAAUGAGGGUAAAAAUAUUUGUUGUAUUUCUUUUAUAUCUUUAAAACAUAAAGAUACAACAAAUAAAAGUUUUGAAACAACAGAAGAUAGGAUAUCAUAUAAUUUAUUUAGUAUUGGCCCACAACCUACAGAACAAAAUAAUUUGAUGAAAAAUAUUAAAAAAUAUAGAAUAUUAGUUCGAACAAAAAUACAUGGAUUUGAGAUUUUAGAAAAUAAAGAAAAGAGAUUGUUGAUACUAACACCAAAAUUAGAGCACCAACCUGAUCUUGGAGCUGAAGCUGUAACAUUAGAAGAGGCAUUAAAACAAUGGAUAUCUUUAAUAUUUAGACCUCAUACAUUUCUUGCACGAGUUCGAAUAUCUUCAAAAACAUCAGAAAUGUUGCAAAUUGAAUAUCGUACAGCAAUGUCUAUAAGGAAUGAAAUUCAAAGACUUUACAACAUGAAAGUUGAAGAUAGCUUGGUAACUUUACAUAAUGUUAUUCAGUCUCUCACGAAUCUAUCUCCUGGACGUUAUCUUAUGAGACAUACAAUAAGAAAUGGUGCAUUUAUUGCUGUUUCUAAACCAGUAGAAAAUCCUGGAAAAAACAUUUUUGAUAUGCAUACACUUUAUAGUGAAAAGUUUCACACUUUACUUAAUUCUCCUUGGAUUACAUUAGAUAAAACUCUACCAACUCCAAUGCUUAAAUGCUUUGAGAGAAUGCCAGCUAUGUUCCAUCCAGUGAAUAAAAGAACGUUUGCAAAUAAAAAAGGCAAUACAUCUGCUACAGGAGUUAUACGUAGAAGUUUAAGAAAUAAGAAGAAAAAGUGA